AUGGGAAGGACAACCAGUUUUCCAUAUUUUUGGAAAUCUUCAAAAAGCUCCAAAUCAACAUACCAUUUGCCGAGGGCCGAGACACGGUGUGGAUGCCCUGCAAGGAUGCUACUUCGCAUGGAUGAUGAAUCAAGACGUUGGCCAUCGGAGGAUGAGCGAAGCGGACAUCGAGCAGAUGAACGACAUGCACAAAGGGGGCAUUGGCAUCUCGCAAAUCCACGGUUUUAUGGCGAGCCUAGCCGGCGGUAUCAUAAUGUCCCGUACAUAACAAGGGACAUGCACAAUGUAAAUGCAAAGCAACGAAGGGAGGGUGGUCUAGACGCGGAAUUGUGCUUAAACACCGGUCAAAUUGAUUACCAGGUAUUUGGAGACGUGGUUACAUUUGAUGCAAUGUACAAGAAAAAUGUUUACCUUUCACCUCUUGUAGUAUUCUCCGAUGUGAAUCACCACAACCAAACGGUUGUCUUUGCCGCUGCACUUGUGGCAGACGAGAAAGAAGAGACCUAUGUCUGGUUGCUUCAACAGUUGCAAACUUCAAUGAAAGGGAAGGCUCCCGUGUCCAUAAUAGCCGACGAUGACAGGGAUUGCAUGCUUGGUGACUACGAGGUCAGAACAUUCCAGAGAAAGUGGUUUGAGAUAGUGGAGAAAUUUGGCAUUGCCGAUAAAAGAUGGGUACAAGACAUGUACGAGAGAAGUUAUACUGAUUUUUUACGUCAUUUCCAUCGAUGCUUGAUGUUCGUUUGUGCAAAAGAAGUGGAGGCUAAUUUUGAGUGUGCAAAGGGUGACCCUGUUAAGACCACCAACCUGAAACAGUUGGAGCGGAGUGCGGCCGAGAACUACACUCAGGUAAUAUUCUAUUUGUUUGUUCCCAUUCUUGACAGGGCCUUGGUUGAUUUUGAAGACAAUGUUUCGUAUUUUAUCCACAUCAUCUCUCGAUACGGCACUCCGGGGAAGGAUUGGCAUGUUGUUGCAACGUCUGAUAUGAGCGAGGUCCGAUGCACUUCCAUGAAAAUAGAAUGUUUCGGGGUCCCUUGCGAACAUAUAAUUGCGGUGCUUGUUCUUAACAAUGUUCACGAGAUCCCAAGGUCUCUGAUAUUGCCAAAAUGGACCAAGGAUGCAAAACUUGUGGCGGUGCAGUCGAUGGUUUGCAAGAGACAUUGCCAUGCUGAUGCUGAAGCACUUCGAGAACGAAGAUGCAGGGACACCAAUUUUCCACACGAGGGGCCACCCACUGAGGGUGGCAGAGCCCCGGCACGGAAUCCACCUAAGCGCAAUACAAAGGGUAACGGUGUUAAUGGUGGAAAGAAAACCCAGCGAUGUUGUUUGUGCGGGGAGGUGGGACAUAAUAGGACUACGUGUCCGCAUCGCCACACAAUGGAGUCAUCCAGCGCCGUUGCAGAUGACUUGGAUUCGAUGGACAUUGACAUGCUCUAUGAUAACAUAUUCUGGGAUCUGUAUGCGAUCACGGAGAUUCCUUCAUUUCGAUGCUCCGAUAGUGACAUGCCGGCUGGGUUUGUUAACAGCGACUUCGCUGGGACCAAUACGUCCGGGCCACUCAUGUCUCUCGCCGAUUGA